AUGUUCAACGGAAUCCUCAUUUCCGCCGGAGGUUCUUACAGUGUAACUCUUCCUAGUGGUGCCACUGUUAUCGUCUCUGGAGCUGCCAUCUCACCAAACCCAAGCAAUCCAGGAAGUGUCCUAGUUGCAUAUGGUGGAUCAGUGCACGUCGUAUUUGUUGUUUCUGCUGCUGGAGGUGCUGGACCUUCAUCCGGUCCUUCUGGAGCUGGACUUAUUUCACCAUCUGGAGGUGCCGGUGGACUAUACGGUCCUGGUGCUGGUGGUGCUGGAGGUGCCGGUCAAUACGGUGCUGGUUCUGGUGCAGGAGUUGGUCCCUCUAUCGACAUUGAUAUUUACUCCGGAGGUGCUGGAGGCGCUGGAGCAGGUAUGUAUGGCUCUGGUGCAGGAGGUGCUGGUGCUGCUGGAGGUGCAGCUCCUACUGCAGGUGGUGCUGGCUUCAAUUUCAACGGAAUCCGCAUUCAGGCCGGAGGUUCUUACAGUGUAACUCUACCUAGUGGUGCCACUGUUAUCGUCUCUGGAGCUGCCAUCUCACCAAACCCAAGCAAUCCAGGAAGUGUCCUAGUUGCAUAUGGUGGAUCAGUGCACGUCGUAUUUGUUGUUUCUGCUGCUGGAGGUGCUGGACCUUCAUCCGGUCCUUCUGGAGCUGGACUUAUUUCACCAUCUGGUGGUGCCGGUGGACUGUACGGUCCUGGUGCUGGUGGUGCUGGAGGUGCCGGUCAAUACGGUGCUGGUUCUGGUGCAGGAGUUGGUCCCUCUAUCGACAUUGAUAUUUACUCCGGAGGUGCUGGAGGCGCUGGAGCAGGUAUGUAUGGCUCUGGUGCAGGAGGUGCUGGCGCUGCUGGUGGUGCCGGAGGUGCUGGUGGAUUCAUGUUCAACGGAAUCCUCAUUUCCGCCGGAGGUUCUUACAGUGUAACUCUACCUAGUGGUGCCACUGUUAUCGUCUCUGGAGCUGCCAUCUCACCAAACCCAAGCAAUCCAGGAAGUGUCCUAGUUGCAUAUGGUGGAUCAGUGCACGUCGUAUUUGUUGUUUCUGCUGCUGGAGGUGCUGGACCUUCAUCCGGUCCUUCUGGAGCUGGACUUAUUUCACCAUCUGGUGGUGCCGGUGGACUGUACGGUCCUGGUGCUGGUGGUGCUGGAGGUGCCGGUCAAUACGGUGCUGGUUCUGGUGCAGGAGUUGGUCCCUCUAUCGACAUUGAUAUUUACUCCGGAGGUGCUGGAGGUGCUGGAGCAGGUAUGUAUGGCUCUGGUGCAGGAGGUGCUGGCGCUGCUGGUGGUGCCGGAGGUGCUGGUGGAUUCAUGUUCAACGGAAUCCUCAUUUCCGCCGGAGGUUCUUACAGUGUAACUCUACCUAGUGGUGCCACUGUUAUCGUCUCUGGAGCUGCCAUCUCACCAAACCCAAGCAAUCCAGGAAGUGUCCUAGUUGCAUAUGGUGGAUCAGUGCACGUCGUAUUUGUUGUUUCUGCUGCUGGAGGUGCUGGACCUUCAUCCGGUCCUUCUGGAGCUGGACUUAUUUCACCAUCUGGUGGUGCCGGUGGACUGUACGGUCCUGGUGCUGGUGGUGCUGGACAAUACGGUGCUGGUUCUGGUGCAGGAGUUGGUCCCUCUAUCGACAUUGAUAUUUACUCCGGAGGUGCUGGAGGCGCUGGAGCAGGUAUGUAUGACUCUGGUGCAGGAGGUGCUGGCGCUGCUUGUGGUGCUGGAGGUGCUGGUGGAUUCAUGUUCAACGGAAUCCUCAUUUCCGCCGGAGGUUCUUACAGUGUAACUCUACCUAGUGGUGCCACUGUUAUCGUCUCUGGAGCUGCCAUCUCACCAAACCCAAGCAAUCCAGGAAGUGUCCUAGUUGCAUUUGGUGGAUCAGUGCACGUCGUAUUUGUUGUUUCUGCUGCUGGAGGUGCUGGACCUUCAUCCGGUCCUUCUGGAGCUGGACUUAUUUCACCAUCUGGUGGUGCCGGUGGACUGUACGGUCCUGGUGCUGGUGGUGCUGGAGGUGCCGGUCAAUACGGUGCUGGUUCUGGUGCAGGAGUUGGUCCCUCUAUCGACAUUGAUAUUUACUCCGGAGGUGCUGGAGGCGCUGGAGCAGGUAUGUAUGACUCUGGUGCAGGAGGUGCUGGCGCUGCUUGUGGUGCUGGUGGAUUCAUGUUCAACGGAAUCCUCAUUUCCGCCGGAGGUUCUUACAGUGUAACUCUACCUAGUGGUGCCACUGUUAUCGUCUCUGGAGCUGCCAUCUCACCAAACCCAAGCAAUCCAGGAAGUGUCCUAGUUGCAUAUGGUGGAUCAGUGCACGUCGUAUUUGUUGUUUCUGCUGCUGGAGGUGCUGGACCUUCAUCCGGUCCUUCUGGAGCUGGACUUAUUUCACCAUCUGGUGGUGCCGGUGGACUGUACGGUCCUGGUGCUGGUGGUGCUGGAGGUGCCGGUCAAUACGGUGCUGGUUCUGGUGCAGGAGUUGGUCCCUCUAUCGACAUUGAUAUUUACUCCGGAGGUGCUGGAGGCGCUGGAGCAGGUAUGUAUGGCUCUGGUGCAGGAGGUGCUGGCGCUGCUGGUGGUGCCGGAGGUGCUGGUGGAUUCAUGUUCAACGGAAUCCUCAUUUCCGCCGGAGUGUCCUAG